AUGGGUGAUAUUGAAGACGGAUUCGAUGUAGCAAACAUCGGUGCUUCCAGGAGCGGCGAAGUUCAGAUUAAGAUUCGAACAAAAAAAGAUCGCCAAGAUAAAGGUCAACUAGAUUCUUUUGUGCCUGGCAUAACCCCCGUCUUUGUCAAAACAUGGGGAUGUUCACAUAAUUCUAGUGAUAGUGAGUAUAUGGCUGGAAUCCUGGCUAAGGCGGGAUAUCCUAUCGUUACUGAUCAGAAAGAGGCAGCAAUAUGGGUAUUGAACAGCUGUACCGUAAAAACUCCUUCGGAAACACAAGCAAGCAAUUUCGUUAAGAUGGCUCAGGACGAAGGCAAAUAUCUGGUAAUGGCAGGAUGUGUUUCUCAAGCUGCUCCUGAUGAGCCUUGGCUGAAAGGUGUAUCCAUUAUUGGCGUCAAGCAAAUUGAUCGGAUAGUGGAAGUUGUUGAGGAGACAUUAAAAGGAAAUUGCGUACGUUUGCUAUCUCGUAGAAGACCAGAUGCAGGUUUGUCCCUUCCCAAGAUGAGGAAGAACGAUCUGGUUGAAGUGUUGGCAAUCAAUACUGGUUGUCUGAAUAACUGUACAUAUUGCAAAACAAAAUUGGCUCGUGGAGAUUUGAAAAGUUAUCCUCUUGAAGACCUUGUUGAGCAGGCCAGAACUGCAUUUGAUCGCGAUGGUGUAAAAGAAUUGUGGCUUACGUCAGAAGAUUUGGGUGCUUGGGGCCGUGAUAUUGACAUGGUCUUGCCGGAUCUGCUGAAGGAACUAGUGAAGGUUAUCCCCGAAAACUGUAUGAUGCGGUUGGGUAUGACAAACCCUCCGUACAUUUUGGAUUUUCUGAGUGAAAUAGCAGAAAUUCUCAACCACCCUCGUGUAUACUCUUUCUUGCACAUCCCUGUCCAAGCUGGAAGUGACGCGGUUCUGAAAGAUAUGAAGAGGGAAUAUACUGCUGAUGAGUUCCGUGUCAUCAUGGACUAUAUGAUAGAGAAUGUUCCCAACAUAUACAUUGCUACGGAUUUCAUCUGCGCUUUCCCUACUGAGACGGCUGAUGAUUUCGAAGAAAGCAUGGAUCUUGUCCGAAAAUAUCGUUUCCCAUCACUGUUCAUCAAUCAGUACUACCCCAGACAAGGCACCCCGGCUGCUCGUCUGAAGAAAAUUGAUUCUGUGGAAGCCAAACGACGCACAAAUGCUAUGUCUGCUCUCUUCCAUGAAUAUUCCAGAUAUGGACCUGAAAGGGUCGGAGAAAUCCAUGAUGUCCUCUGUUGUGAAGUAGCUUCAGAUCGCGUACACGCUGUUGGUCAUAAUAAAAGUUAUGAACACAUGUUGGUUCCGAUGAGAGAUGGCCUGAUCGGUUCGUGGGCCAGAGUCCGUGUUACAGAAGCAGGGAAAUUCCAUAUGAAAACGGAAUUCGUAGACAGUGCAGAACCUCAAUCAGCCAAGUCAUCAAAUCGCUCGUACACCUCGGCAUUUGUAGCUUUCCUUGUCUUUGGCCGAAUGGUGAGCGUAGCUCCAUGGAAGGCACAUACGGGUGUCGUUCCACGUCAACGUGAUGCUGACGGAUAUAGAAUCCGUGCUGCUGGCGUUUGCAUCAAAGGGAUCGGCCCCGAUGCCGUCGUGCUCCUUGUAAGUGCAGGAAAGAAUCAUGAGAAAUGGGUCAUUCCUGGAGGAGGUGUUGAGACUAAUGAAAAUCAUGAACAAGCAGCUAUAAGAGAACUGGAAGAAGAAGCUGGUGUUCGUGCUGAUGCGAUUGAAAAAGUUGGAGUAUUCCAGGAUGACGAUAAACAUCAUCGCACUACUGUUUUUCUCAUGAGAGUUCGUGAGGAAUUGGAGCAUUGGAUGGAGGGAGAGUGUGGUCGACGAAGGAUAUGGGUUCCCGUCAUGGACGGUGUUGAACAUUUGAAGUCAUCACAUCGAGACAUAUUAAACGCUGUCCUAUCGCGGUAG